AUGGAGAAAGAUUCCUUUUGCUUACAGACCCCUCUACCAAUGACGGACUAUUCGCCAAGAAAAUUCAUCAGAGAAAUGAGAGAUACUAAGGAGUCAAGUGAUGUUAGUGACAAUAACAUGAAGGUUUCUGUAGAAGAGCAAAGACACAGUGAAAUAGCUGAAGGAACCAAUCUAGACCAGUUAACAAAUGAGAAAACACAAGCUACAGUGAGUGGGACAGUGGCAACACCUCAGAACACCUGCACCACUAACCUUAGGGGGGUCUUCGCCGUCCGUGGCAGCCAUGCUUCGGCUGCGGUGGUGCCCAGCGACAACAAGUGCUUUAAAACCGCAGCUUUCAUCAGACUCACUUCUCACGGCGUGAAUUUGAAGGUGCCCAAGACUUUGAAACCUUGUUGUUGCAGUGCUGAUUCAAAGUCUGACUUUUUCUCCGUGACGCCGUCGUACAACUCCGAUGUGGACUACCUCGGGGAAAGCACCAAAGGUGAUUUGAACGUCAAAUUGGAGCAUCUUGAGGCUUUCGGAAUUGAUGGUCAUUCUGCUUUAAAAGGUCCAAUUGAGGAAGUGGCCAGAUCAGAAGCAAGACAAGCACAGGAUUUGCUAAAAGAUUUGGGCAUUCCGAGCCCUUAUUCAUCCAGAAAUUCGCCUCGUGGAAUAUUCUGCAGCCGUACAUUGAAUCUGCGGUCCAUCAGUGCCAUUGGAUAUGAUAUGGACUAUACCUUGAUUCAUUACAAUGUGAUGGCUUGGGAAGGCAGGGCUUAUGACUACUGUAUGGAAAACCUUAGGAAUAUGGGCUUCCCUGUUGAUGGACUUGCCUUUGAUCCUGAUCUGGUAAUUAGAGGCCUUGUCAUAGACAAAGAGAAAGGAAAUUUGGUUAAAGCUGAUCGAUUUGGUUAUGUUAAAAGAGCCAUGCAUGGCACCAAAAUGUUAUCUACGCGUGCUGUGAGUGAGAUGUAUGGGAGAGAACUGGUGGACCUGCGAAAAGAGAGUCGAUGGGAGUUUCUCAAUACACUGUUUUCCGUGUCUGAAGCUGUGGCCUAUAUGCAGAUGGUUGACAGAUUGGAUGAUGGGACUAUACCAGCGGAUCUUGGCCCUCUUGAUUAUAAAGGACUAUAUAAGGCUGUUGGGAAAGCUCUGUUCUGGGCCCAUGUUGAAGGUCGCCUUAAGAGCGAGAUAAUGUCCAAGCCUGAACUUUUUGUGGAGCCUGAUCCAGAAUUACCUUUGGCACUUUUGGAUCAGAAGGAGGCUGGUAAAAAACUUCUGCUAAUUACCAACUCAGAUUAUCAUUACACAGACAAAAUGAUGCGCCAUUCUUUUAAUAGAUUCCUUCCCAAUGAUAUGGGUUGGCGAGAUCUAUUUGACAUUGUAAUUGUCUCAGCAAGAAAACCAGAGUUCUUUCAAAUGUCACACCCCAUGUAUGAAGUGGUCACAGGCGAGGGGCUUAUGCGUCCAUGUUUCAAGGCUCAAACUGGUGGUUUGUACUCAGGGGGAUGUGCACAAAUGGUUGAAAAUUCUCUAGGUAUUCAUGGAGAUGAGAUAUUGUAUGUUGGGGACCAUAUUUACACUGAUGUCAGUCAAUCCAAAGUCCAUUUGCGAUGGCGAACAGCAUUGAUUUGUAGAGAACUGGAAGAAGAGUACAAUGCCUUGAUUGGUAGCCGGAGUUAUAGAGAAUCAUUGGUGGAGCUUAUAAAUCAAAAGGAGGUUGUAGGGGAUCUCUUUAACCAACUUCGGCUGGCUCUGCAAAGGCGUAGCAGAGACCGUCCUGCUCAAACCCUUGCAGCAACUAACAUGAAUGAUGAAGACCUCACCGAUAGCAUGCAAAAGCUACUUAUUGUUAUGCAAAGACUGGAUAAGAAAAUUGCUCCGAUGCUGGAGGCAGACGGGGAGCUCUUUAAUACAAGGUGGGGUUUUCUAUCUCGUGCUGGACUAUGGGAUAAAAGCCACUUGAUGAGACAAAUUGAGAAAUAUGCCGAUAUUUAUACAUCUAGGGUGUCAAACUUUUUGAAUUAUACUCCCUUCAUGUAUUUCCGCUCUCAGGAACAGAACCUUGCGCAUGACUCGUACACAUACUAUUGUUCUCAAGUUAAUAAUCAGCGUGCUUCCUAG